GAGCAAGAUGAGAUUUGGCCUGGUUUCAAUCUGACACUACCGACAUUUCCGGACAAUUUAUGGGAUCAUGAUUACGAUUUUACACGAAUGGGCACAGGAAGUGUUUGGCAAUCACCGCAAACCUCGGCCAGCAACUGGCCACCUCGAUCACCAACGAACACCACAACUUUCAUGCAAUCGCAGCACCAAUCUCCUCCGGGCAGUGCUCAUAGCUAUCUGGCGGAAUCAGUUCGUGCAUUCAGACUCAAUCCCGAAGCUCCACCAUUUGUGAUCGAAAAUCCAACAGCAACAGUGCAAGCACAACGGCCAACACAAUUGAUGACAGAACAUUUUCCACCGCUCCAGCAUUCGCAGCAGCAGCACUACUCGACGUUAAACCCGGUGUUUUCUCAGUCGGAACUGGAUCAUUUGCACGGAACAUUGCACCACAACACAUACAUCGAUGAUCCGUUGGGCUUAUCCGGAAGUCUGUUUGGAAGACGUGGUGCAGCAAAUAUCUGGGCCAGUGAUCUGCAACCAACAUCCUCCUCAUCAACAAAUAAUAAUAACAACAAUAAUAAUACCAGUAAUAAUAGUGCCGAACCAAGUUCUGCUGCUGUUUACUGGGCCGAAAAAUUCUUGGCCGAUGAAGAUAACGAUAUGAAAUAA